AUGUUAUUGACUGCAGAAAUACUUGUUUUUGCCGUGAAUGGUUUCCUAAGGGUGGCAACAGCCUUGGACAUUGGAUUAUCCACGAAAUGCGUAGUGAUACCCAAGGAGAUGGGCAUGUGCCACAAGAUUGGAUACUCUGAAAUGAGACUUCCCAACCUGAUGGGACACACAAGCAUGUCAGAAGUUAUCCAAAAAUCCAGCACCUGGCAGCACCUUGUAAACACAGACUGUCACCCUCACGUGAGGACGUUCCUGUGCUCCCUGUUUGCACCCAUCUGUUUAGAUACGUUCAUCCAUCCCUGCAGGAGCAUGUGUGCUGCUGUCCGCGCCAGCUGCGCCCCCGUGCUCCUGUGCCAGGGGCAGCCCUGGCCGGCCAACCUGGACUGCGACCGCUUCCCUGGCGACGAGGACACGUGCCUGGCACCUCUCUCCAAGGACUAUAAACACCUGCACAAAGUCCUACCAAAACCUACCUGCCAGACUUGCCCAGCAGUGGAGGAAUUCUUUACACACAAAAGAGUUCUUGAAGUUUUCUGUGACAGUAACUUUGCAGUGAAAGUAAAGCUGUCCAAGAAGAGAACAGCAUUUGAGGACCAAGAGUAUAACAUUGAAUGCCAGGUGGAAUUCAUUACCCAGGGCUCACUGUUGCCCUAUGAAACCCAGAGUAUGAUACAACAGUGGCUGCUAAUUAAUGAAAAAUGUAUAGAGAGGAUGAGUCCCACCCACCGUCCCAUGGUGUAUCUCCUUGUGGGGAACAUUGAAGAGGGCAUCAUUUUGGUAAAACAGGUUUAUCGCUGGCAGAGGAAGGACUCCCAGCUGACUUUGGCCACUCAGAAGUGGAGACAACAUAAAUGCUUGUAAAUAUUUAUCAUAUUAUUUGUAAAAAGAUGAUUAUAUUUCUCAUGCCAAACCUAUCUUGUAAAUAGGAAUGUAUUAUAAGUUGAAAAUAAAGC